GUUUAGGAUCGUUGCUGGUUUAACGAGUAAAAUUAAGUACUGACGAUAUAUUAAGCGAAAAAAAAUGUUUAGUACAAACCACAAAAAGUUAGACGACACGAGCGUUGACAUCGCUAAUAAGACUGUCGUAAAUAUUCGUCUUAAAGAAAAGUAUUUGGAAGACAUAUAUAAAAACGUUAAAAAUUUACAAAAGGCCUGGGAAGCGCUUUCUACAGCACAAAAAGCUCUGGGCUCAUCGUUACUUGAGCUUGAGCGACUGAAAAACAGGUACUCAGACGAGGACGCAACCAGCUGCUUUGUCUCGCAAGGUCGUUACUUUACUCAGAUGGGCGAAACUAAUUACCAACAUAACCAGUCUCUAGAAGAUGUGAGAAUGGGCUUGAGAGAGGUCAUUGAUGAGCAGGAACCUUUUAUUAAGAAUUUUGAAAAAUCUUGGAAAGAAACUGUGAAUCCAUUAGUGAAGAAUCGACUUACAGCUGAAACUAGAAGCAGAAGAGAACUAAAAAAACAGAAGAAUAUGGACAAGUCGAAGCCAUCAAAAACUAUGCUGUCUUGCGUUCGAGCCGUCGAGCAGCUGGACGAGGCCAGGCGGUCUAAACUUAAGGAGUUAUUAUUACUGGAUAGAGCACGCUCUUGCACUAUACUAGAAAGGUUUAGCGAUUUUUUUCUUGCACUGGACACACGGGAAAAGUCACUGCUAGAAGCUCUGGAGCCGUUGUACCAGCAAUGGGAGAACGUUAUUGACAGUAGACAGAUGCUUCCCCCCUCUGGAAAAAAACAAUGCGAAGUCGUGCAGGCAACAUACGUGCCCAUUGAGCAGUUCUCAACAGACACAUUGAUGACCAGCAACAACAACUUCGAGGAGGAGACGUGGUCUACUUGCCCCACAGAGGAGUUUGAGUCUGGAGUCUCCGCUGAGACAUCGUAUUUGUUUUCAGUAAGGGCUCUAUAUGACUGCGAAGGCCAGGAGUCGGACGAGCUGACCUUUAGAGCAAGUGAAGUUAUUCAUAUCGUGGAAGAGGCGGACGAGCAAUGGUAUUAUGGCCAGAGGGAAGAUGGUAUAGACGUACUUUUUACCGCGUAUCGCACAUGGAUUAAGCAAGUCCUUGUUUGCUGCAAGGCGUCCGAGGCUAUCUUCCAGUUAAUUAUGUUGAGAGAAUUAAUUGACCGCCAGCCAUCAUGUUUAUCUACAAUCUUCUUGCGAGAAUAGCUAGCAUUGAAGACUCCCGCAUUAUGUGCGCUUGUUCUCCCACUUGUUAAGG